CUGCACUCUGGUGGAGUCAUCAUGGAGAGAGCUGUGGUGCAAGUCACCCUUUUUGGGCUGCUGCUGGUUUUGGCUAGCACACUACCAAACAAGGACGACUGGAACAUCUACAGCUUUCACAUCAACUCCACAGUAACCAGUCGUUAUGCAACCACGGUCAUCACAAGCCACGUGGCCAAUCGCAUGGACGACUCAAAUGAAAUAGAGUUCCAGGUCAGGAUUCCCAAGAACGCUUUCAUCAGUAAAUUCAGAAUGUUUAUAGAUGGCCAAUGGUACGAUGGUGUUGUGAAAGGUAAAGAGAAAGCUCAGCAGCAGUACACUGAGGCUGUGUCCCAUGGCCAAAGCGCUGGGCUGGUCAGUUCUGUAGGGAGGACCCUCGAGGAAUUUAAGACCUCUGUGACUGUGGCUGCCCACAAAAAGGUCACCUUUGAACUCACAUAUGAGGAGCUGCUGAAACGCAAGCUUGGCAAGUACGAGCUGCAAAUCCACGCUCGACCCAUGCAGCCUGUCAAAGACUUCAAGGUCGAUGUGUACAUUAAUGAGAAAGCUGGCAUCAAUUUCAUCGAGGUUAAAGGAGGACUAAGCACCAAAGCCCUGGCUAAUGCUAUCACCAGAACACAUGCAGACAAACAGGCGUGGGUGUAUUUCUACCUAACAGAGGACCAACAGAAAACAUGUGAUGGCUGUGGAGAGCAGGGUAUGAAUGGAGAUCUGGUUAUUGUUUAUGACGUCAACAGGGACACCUCACUUGGAGACAUCAAGACAUCAGCUGGAUACUUUGUUCAUCACUUUGCUCCAUCUAGUCUGUCCCGCAUACCAAAAAAUGUUGUCUUCGUUAUUGAUCAAAGUGGCUCAAUGAGUGGCAGAAAAAUGCAACAGACCCGAAUAGCAUUAAUCCACAUCUUGAACGACCUGGCAGAGGAUGACCACUUUGGUCUUAUCACUUUUGAUAGCAACAUUUUUCACUGGAAAAGAGAACUUGUUCAGGCCAACAAGAAAAACCUGGAGAGUGCUAAGACAUUUGCACAGAAUAUUCAAGCUAGAACAACCACAGACAUUAACGCAGCAGUGUUGGAAGGAGCACGUAUGCUGAAUGCACAUCCCAGAGAAGGUUCAGCGUCUAUCGUCAUACUUCUCACCGAUGGAGACCCAACCUCAGGGGAGACAAAUCUUGAACGAAUACAAUCAAAUGUCAGAAGGCAUAUUGCAGACAAGUUCCCACUCUACUGUCUUGGUUUUGGUCAUGGUGUCAAUUUUAAGUUCCUUGAGAAGAUGUCGCUGCAGAACAAUGGUGUGGCACGAUGGAUUUACGAAGACUCUGACGAAGAUUUACAGCUCAAGGGUUUCUCUGACGAGGUGGCCACUCCUCUGUUGACAGAUGUGACAAUGAUCUAUAAUGGAGGGACCAAUCUAACCCAGACUAACUUCAGCCAGUAUUAUAAUGGCUCUGAGAUUGUGGUGACCGGUCAGAUCACUGACAACGACAUUGAAACCUUCACUCCACAAGUUGUAGCCAUUUCGAGGGAUAGAAAAGUGACGUUUUCUGACACAAACGCCACCGUGGAGUACACUGGCACAGAUUUUGACAGCCACGUCCAGAGGGUUUGGGCCUACCUCACAGUCAAACAGCUUCUGGAGAAAGAGCUGCUGUUAUCUGGACCUGAGAAGGAGAAUGUGAAGAAAGAGGCCUUGGAGCUGUCGCUGAAGUACAGCUUUGUAACCCCACUUACAUCCAUGGUGGUCACUAAGCCUCUGGGGGAGAAAACAGAUGUGCUCCAUAAACCUAAGGAAGGUGGAACAACACAAGGACACAGCACUGGAGUCCCCUUUCCACCCCCAGUCCAACACCCCAUGAGUAAAUAUUUUGUUCUAGCAGUAGCAUUAAUAAGGUGGGUCUUAUCUAAUAUGAGUCUUUCCGAGGGUUUGACGCCACAGUGGAGAAAAAGAGAAGGAAGGAAGGCAACCGAAACACAAGAAAGUUGGCGCACUGCAGAGUAUGAAAGUGAAGUGAUGCAGUGUUGGACUGAGCCUGAAGGCAAAACUCUUAGUUUGUUUUUCUACCUACCAAUCUCACCUGUUGUCAUGAUGUACGAUUUUGGAUAUAAGCGGCCAAUAAAAGCUCCCCCUGAGGGUCAAGGGAUACCAGGCUCUGCAGACUUCCCUUUGCAGGCACAAGUGUUGGUUAAUGCAAUAUCUUCAAAAGCUUUAAAGAAAAUAAAUGUAUAUAACUGGCUUUGUGUAAAUGCAUUCACAGAUGAUGUUGAUUCUGAUGAUUAUGAAGACGCAAUGAUUGUGCCUGACAAAACAACUAAUGUUCCUCUUUCCCACAGGUUUCUGCUAAAAACUGAGAAUCUGUCUCUUCCACUCUGCUUUGAUGUCACUGGAGAUGUUCGUCUUAAACUACUUCACCAUCCCAACAGGCAGCUGUCUGUGAAUGGUGAGCUUGAUACAGUAAUGAAUGGAGGCUUCAGAAGGAUUGUCAUCCACUUCAAGACUGACCUUUAUGUUGAGGUUGACACCAAUGUCAUCACUGUACGAGAGGGACAGACACUGACACGCCACACUGGACAGGCUUUCAUCGCAGCCGGAAGUUUGAUAGUGAUUAGGCGGGACAAGCAAAUAGAUGUCGCAGCUCGAGAAACACGCAUGGUCAUCUAUAUUCAUGAGAAGGAUGGCGUAGAAUUCCUCUGGCCGGUUUUGAAACAGCAGCCACUGGACAACAAUGUUACAGGAAUCAUAGCUCUAAAGCCAGCAGUUUAUGAGGAGGUGCAACAAACUCCCUCAACAAAAGUUAAGAUCAAAGACCAGGAGAUUGACGUUGUCAGGUACGUUGUGUUCUGUAUUAUUACUAUUUUUGUCUUUCUUUUGUAG